AUGGUUGAUUUGGAAGCCAAUGAUGUCAUAUUAAUGAGAAAAAUGAAGCUUGUCAAUGAUGCUAUUGAUGAGAUUGGUUUCACUUGGUAUCAUCUUAAAUUGUUCUUUUUAAAUGGUAUGGGGUAUGCAGUUGAUACUCAAUUGUGUUUUCUUGAAAGUAGUGUGAGAACAUUUGUCAAUUAUCAAUUUGGUUAUCACUUUCCAGUUUCUGCUGAAACAUAUGCUGUUGGAAUGAUCACUGGUGGUUUAUUCUGGGGAUUUUCAGCUGAUUUAAUCGGUAGAAAAUUAGCAUUUAAUCUUUCAUUGUUUCUUUCUGCUAUAUUUACCAUUCUUACCGGAACAAUGGGAACUAUGGCUUCAUAUUGUAUAUUCAUUCUACUUAUGUCAUUUGCAAGUGGUGGUAAUUUGGUGUUAGAUACAUGUGUGUUUUUAGAAUUUUUACCUCAUAAAGAUCAAUGGUUAUUAACAUUCUUUGCUUUCUUCUGGGGGAUUGGUCAAACUUUAGCUGUCUUGACAGCUUAUGCAUUCUUACCAAACAAUUCAUGUUCCUCGUAUGAUAAUUGUCCAUCUCAUGAAAAUAAAGGUUGGAGAUACGUUUUCUACGUUAAUGGUGCAUUCGUUCUAGUAUUGGCAGUUUUAAGAGUAACAAUUGUUAGAUUACAAGAAACUCCUAAAUUUUUAGUUUCUAACAAUCGUGAUGCAGAUGCUAUUAAAGUUUUACACGAUAUAGCUGAUAAAUAUAAUAGAACUUGUUCAUUAACAUUAGACAAAUUAAAAGAAUGUGGAACCAUUGAAUCAAAUGAUGAUUAUAGAAAACAUUCAACUUUUAAAGGACUUUGGAAUUUGACUUUAGGACAUUUAAAAAUUUUAUUCUUAAAUAAAAAGACUACUAAAUCAACUUUAUUAUUAUUUUUCUCGUGGUUUUGUUUAGGUAUCACAUAUCCAUUAUAUUCAUCAUUUUUACCUGUAUAUUUAGCCACAAGAGGAGCAAAUAUUAGUGCUGAUAAUGUCUCGGGAGUUUAUCGUGAUAAUUUAAUAAGUAAUGUUGCUUCUAUUGGUGGACCUAUAAUUGCAGGGCUCUUGCUUUUGUACGUUCCGGUAUUAGGUCGUAGAGGUGUGAUGUUUAUUGGUGGUGUAUCUACCAUGGCACUUUUAUUUGGAUAUACUGCAAUUAGAACAAGAGCUGAAAAUGUAGGAUUAUCAUCGGCUGUAUAUUGUGCUUUAUAUAUCUAUUAUGGUGUUAUUUAUGCUUAUACACCUGAAGUUUUCCCAUCAGCAGCAAGAGCAACUGGUAACUGUCUUUGUUUGGUAUGUACUAGAAUUGCAACUGCUAUCACUCCAGUCAUUGCAUGGUAUGCCAAUACUAGUUCAUCAAUUCCUAUUUGGAUUUGUGGAGCUUUUGUUGGUAUUAUCGGAUUUGUUGCCUUAUUAUUACCAUAUGAACCUUCAAAAACUAGAGUAGUUUAG